GGAGCCCGAGCGGCCGGGCGGGCGGGCGGCUGGGCAGUCGGUGCCCAUGAGCCGCGCCGAGCGGAGUGCAGCGCAGCGCCCAGCCCCGGCCCACCUGGUGCCAGGUUACAGGUGAGGAAACUGAGGCCCAGAGGAGUUAAGUGACUUGCCCAAGGUCACAUGGGCGGUACCCCAGUGUCCACCCAGAAGCGAUGAACCCGUCUGCUCUGAGCUGAAGGUCUGGUCCUUUGCUAGGCCCCUUUCCCGCCCCCACCACUCGGCAGGAUGAGGGCCUGGAAGGCCGUGGCCAUCACAGGGGCCUUCAUGAGUGUGGAUGUGAGCAUCACUACGGUGCUCUACGCCUUCAGUCAUCGAGACCGGGGUGUGCUGCAGGACCUAAGAGACUUCAACAUCUUCGACUCGGUGCUGGACCUCUGGGCCGCCUGCCUGUACCGGAGCUGCCUGCUUCUGGGGGCCACCAUUGGCGUGGCCAAGAACAGCGCCUUGGGCCCUCGACGCCUUCGGGCCUCCUGGACCUUCAUCACUCUGGUGUGCCUCUUCGUGGGCAUUUACACCAUGGUGAAAAUGCUCCUCUUCUCUGAGGUACGCAAGCCCAUCCGGGACCCCUGGUUCUGGGGCCUCUUUGUCUGGACCUAUGCCUCCAUUGGGGCCACAUUCUUCCUCUGGUGGCUGCUGUCCACUGUGCAGCCAGGCCACAGGGCCCUGGAGCCAGGGGCACCGGCCGAGGGCGUGGGCUACCCCACAGAGGGGCAGCCAAAACAGGAGGAGGCAUCGGGGGCCACGCUGCAGAAACUGCUAUCCUACACUAAGCCUGACCUGGCCUUCCUGGUGGCUGCCUCCUUUUUCUUGGUGGUGGCAGCUCUUGGAGAAACGUUCCUUCCCUACUACACUGGCCGAGCCAUCGAUGGCAUUGUCAUCCAGAAGAGCAUGGACCAGUUCUCCACGGCCGUGGUCAUCAUGUGCCUCCUGGCUAUUGGCAGCUCAUUUGCCGCAGGUAUUCGGGGCGGCAUUUUUACGCUCGUCUUUGCCAGACUCAACAUCCGCCUCCGUAACUGCCUCUUCCGCUCCCUGGUGUCACAGGAGACAAGCUUCUUUGACGAGAACAGGACAGGGGACCUCAUCUCCCGCUUAACUUCGGACACCACCAUGGUCAGCGAUCUCGUCUCCCAGAACAUCAACAUCUUUCUCCGAAACACAGUUAAGGUCACCGGCGUCGUCGUCUUCAUGUUCAGCCUCUCUUGGCAGCUCUCCUUGGUCACCUUCAUGGGCUUCCCCAUCAUCAUGAUGGUGUCAGAUAUCUACGGCAAGUACUACAAGCGGCUUUCCAAAGAGGUCCAGAAUGCCCUGGCAAGGGCCAGCAAUACAGCCGAGGAGACCAUCAGUGCUAUGAAGACGGUCAGGAGCUUUGCCAAUGAGGAAGAGGAGGCCGAGGUAUAUGCCCGGAAGUUGCAGCAGGUGUACAAGCUGAACAGAAAGGAAGCCAUGGCCUACACGUACUACGUGUGGGGCAGUGGGCUCACCCUGCUGGUAGUGCAGGUCAGCAUUCUCUACUACGGGGGCCACCUCGUCAUUUCGGGCCAGAUGACCAGCGGGAACCUCAUCUCUUUCAUCAUCUACGAGUUUGUUCUGGGAGACUGUAUGGAGUCGGUCGGCUCUGUCUACAGUGGCUUGAUGCAGGGGGUAGGAGCAGCGGAGAAGGUGUUUGAGUUCAUUGACCGGCAGCCAACCAUGGUCCACGAUGGGAGCCUGGCCCCUGAUCACCUGGAGGGCCGGGUGGACUUUGAGAACGUCACCUUUACCUACCGCACUCGUCCUCACACCCAGGUCCUGCAGAACGUGUCCUUCACCCUUUCCCCGGGGAAGGUGACUGCCCUUGUGGGGCCUUCCGGGAGUGGGAAGAGCUCCUGUGUCAAUAUUCUGGAGAACUUUUAUCCGCUGGAGGAGGGUCGGGUCCUGCUGGAUGGGAAGCCCAUCAGCUCCUAUGACCACAAGUACCUACACAGAGUGAUCUCCCUGGUGAGUCAGGAGCCUGUUCUGUUUGCUCGCUCCAUCACAGACAACAUCUCCUAUGGGCUGCCCACAGUGCCCUUCGAGAUGGUGGUAGAUGCGGCCCAGAAGGCUAAUGCUCAUGGUUUCAUUAUGGAGCUGCAGGAUGGCUAUAACACAGAGACUGGAGAAAAGGGAGCCCAGCUGUCUGGUGGUCAAAAGCAGCGUGUCGCCAUGGCCAGAGCCCUGGUCCGGAACCCCCCUGUCCUCAUCCUGGAUGAAGCCACCAGUGCCCUGGAUGCAGAAAGCGAAUAUAUGAUCCAGCAGGCGAUCCACGGCAACCUUCAGAAGCACACAGUCCUGAUCAUAGCCCACCGCCUGAGCACCGUGGAGAAGGCGCACAACAUCAUCGUGUUGGACAAGGGGCGUGUGGUACAGCAGGGCACCCACAAGCAGCUGCUGACCCAGGGCGGCCUCUAUGCCAAGUUGGUUCAGCGGCAGAUCCUGGGACUGGAAGCGGGCACAGAUGACGACAGUGGAGGUGGUGGGGGCAGCCGGAAGGAGAUGAUGCACUUCCCCCACAGCUACAAGGAGCCCCCAGAUGGGCACGGCGAGGUGCACAAGGCGUGAGGCCCUCCUCCCUCUAUCCCCCAUCCUCCGCCCCAGGAUGGGAGCGGAGGCUGCCAUGCCCAAGCUGGCAGAAGCCCCGAGGGAGGCCCAGGGCUUCCCAGCCCAGAACCUGCUGGGCCCUGGGGGCCCAUCUUACUUGAAGGCAGAGGCUCAAGUCCACUCCCUGGAGGGCAAGGUUUGUUUACUAGUUGAGCACAUUACUGCUUCAUGCUUCCCCCCCCUACACAGAACACCCCCACCCCUCAGCAGGCAGUGCCAUCCCACUCGUGCCAGGGUGGUGAAUGGCACCCCAUCCCCAUCCCUGCCUGGGUCAUAGGGCCACUGGUGAGGAGGGCACAUAGUUACGCCCUGGUGCCCACCCUGCACUGGAAGGUCCCUCUGCUUCAGCACCUCCCAGGGGAGUCAGAGACCCAGUUUUAAGCAGAGUUACCUGGGUUUUUAAUCCUUGGGUCCAGCUGACUAUAGCCCCAUGCAGCUUUUGAUUGUUGUUCUUUAAAAAAAAAUCAUUUCUCCAUUAAAUAGCUAGGCAAGACUCUGGGUUAGUCCCAUGAGAGAGGCCCCAAACCUCUAUAUCCCUUGGAGCUGAGAGUGACUCUUCCUUCCCACUGGAAAAGAGGCCAGUGGUAGCUAUGGAGGGUUAGUGUCCACCACCAUCCCCACCCUCACCCAUCCCUUUCUGUGGGAGCUUGCCCCAGGACGCCCCCAGCCCUCACACUGGAGAGGAGACCACGGUGUCCCAGUUGGCCAAAUCCCUUCCAGGGAAGAGCAUCUUCUGUAUUCCAGAGACCAACCCUGCUCCCUUUAUCCCCUUGCCCCUGCCCAUUAAGUUAAGGAGAGGAGGGUCGGAGGAGGUGGGCCACAGGGCCAGGCCAGGCUGGAGUAAGGGGGGGAAUCCUCGGUGUCUUCCUCCCUUCCGUGCCGCCGAAGCCAAGCCAGUCUCACUGUGAACCACAACGAACCUUAACCCUGGGGAGUGAGGGUCCAGAUGGCACCCGGGCCACAGGGCAGCCCACGGCACUGCCUUGAGGUGGCUGGCACCCAUCUCCAGCACUUUAGGCCCCUGUCCCUGCCAGCUCCACUGCUCUCUGCUGUUUGCAGGUCUUUUGAUUGUGAUGUUCUGUUCUCUCUGUUUGUCGGGUUGCUGGGAGGGUCAGGGGAAGCCGAGCCUGUUUCCGGGCUCUUUCCAAACCCUUGGGGGAGCCCUCCUCUCAAUAAAGUACUACCUCUGUCCCUCCAGCCACGCCCUGCCUUCCGUCUCCCUCCCUCUGCUCCACCCCGUCAGUUCUGAUUGGAUGAGAGGCUGGUGGAGGCAGCACCCUUCCCCAGCCUCCA